GAUCUGCGCAGUCGCAGUGACUGAAGGAACGGUCAGCGUUCACCUUCGGCGUGUGGCCGCUCAGUCAGUGAAACCAUCGGCGUUUUCUGUGCCUCAGCGGUCCGCCAUGGCGGAUUUUAACAGCCUGAGCUCAUCGGAGAAGGCAGAGGCGGCGGAGCUUCAACGGAUGAUCGCAGUGGAGCAGCAGAAAGCGCAGUUUCAGGCGCAGGUGCACACGUUCACUGAUGUCUGCUGGGAUAAAUGUGUGGACACUCCCGGCUCCAAACUGGACCACCGGACAGAGACCUGCCUGGUGAGCUGCGUGGAGAGAUUCAUCGACACCACCCUGACCAUCACCAACCGCUUCACGCAGAUGGUGCAGAAGGGCGCUCACUGAGGAUGGACGUACACUGGUGGAAGAUGCUGCAGGCUGGGAUCACCUCAGCUGAAUGACUGUGUCACUGCAGGUUCCUUAGAGCUGGAGAACCCAUCCCUGUUUCACAUCUUAACUACAAUCUUUUAAAGUUCCAACUACACAUGGUGCAUUCAUCCUCCGCCAAAAUCUCAGCUAUUCUGUAUAUUUAUUCCUUCCAUCUGUCAUUUUUUGUCCUGUAUGGAAAAUAAAGUUUUAAAACGUUAA